CAGUAUCUCUAUUACAACUUAUUGUGGCAGUGAAAACAAUGGCUCGAUUAAUCUGCACGAUUGUUAUCAUUGGUAUUGCUCUGAUGUGUGUUCUUGCGGAGGAAGAUAAAUAUGACGAUAAAUACGAUGGAAUCGAUAUAGUUGAAAUUCUCGUCAACAACGAAUUGCGAUAUCAAUAUUACAACUGUUUCAUGGGAACAGAACCGUGCGUGACAGAAGAUCAGAAAUAUUUUAAUUCAAUUAUCAGCGAGGCUGUUCAAACUCAAUGCAGCAAAUGUACUGAAAAGCAAAAACUUAUGUUGGAAGUAGGAAUAAAUUGGUAUAAAAAAAAUCAGCCUGAAGAAUGGAAUCGAUUUAUGGAGAAGGUUACAGAAGAUAUAAAAAAAAAAGCUGAAAAGAAUAAUGACUAAUAACAUCAACAAUAUUAAAUAAAUGCUGACGAUACCGAUGUUAAAAGAUAUUUACUUGUUAAUCAUUUAUGUACACAAUAAUCAAUAUUUCUUUAAACACGAUAGAAAAUUUAACAAGCAAAUGUUAAAAAACGCUAUAUAAAACUAUGUCAAAAUAUUCAAUUACAACUUGUUAUUAAAUUUACGAUUUAUUGUAUAUUUUAUUGAUAUAUAAACUUUUUUCUUCCUAUCAUAAACUAUCAUAGACUCAUUUUAAUUUUAGCUUUAAAACUAACUGCAUUUAAAAAAAAAAAUAAAAAACAUUUUAAUGUAUGGUAAAUUUUUUAAAAGGUAUAAUCUUUAUAACAUGUUUUCCGCUUUGUAAUGAAAAUUUUAUUGCGAAUAAAAUAGCAAUGGUUAUAAAUAA